UAAAAGCAGCGGCAAGUUUGCCAUUCUCAAAAAUCCCCAAUCCUCAUUCACUGAUGCUGCAGGAAAGGCCUCGAUAGAUAAUACGCGUUUGGACAUUUGUUCGUUCCUAUUUAAUUUGCUUUGCAGAGCUGCAAUCGAGUUUUCGAAGAUUGAAAUGGGAAGUGCAUUGCUGUUUGUGGUGUUUGUUCUGUUGAUUUCUUGUGGAGAAGCUUCUGUUAGCUACGACCGUAAGGCUAUUUCAGUGAAUGGGAAGAAGAGGAUUCUGAUUUCAGGCUCCAUUCACUAUCCGAGAAGCACGCCCGAGAUGUGGCCAGAUCUUAUUCAGAAAGCAAAAGAAGGGGGUUUGGAUGUGAUUCAGACAUAUGUGUUCUGGAAUGGGCAUGAAUCUGAGCCAGGAAAGUAUUAUUUUGAGGGAAGGUAUGACUUGGUGAAGUUUGUGAAGCUCGUUCAUCAAGCAGGGCUUUAUGUUAGUCUGAGAAUUGGUCCCUAUGUCUGUGCUGAAUGGAAUUUUGGGGGCUUUCCAGUAUGGCUGAAGUAUGUCCGGGGGAUUGAUUUUCGGACGAACAACGGUCCUUUUAAGGCUGAGAUGCAGAAGUUCACAACCAAGAUUGUGAACAUGAUGAAAUCCGAAAGACUAUUCGAAUCGCAAGGCGGCCCGAUCAUCUUAUCGCAGGUUGAGAAUGAAUACGGACCGAUGGAAAACGAGAUCGGCGCGCCUGGCCGAGCAUACACUCAAUGGGCUGCCAAAAUGGCUGUGGGGCUCAACACCGGCGUCCCGUGGAUAAUGUGCAAGCAAGAUGAUGCCCCUGAUCCAGUUAUCAACACUUGCAAUGGAUUCUAUUGCGAUUAUUUCUCUCCGAACAAGGCUUACAAACCGAAGAUGUGGACAGAAGCCUGGACUGGAUGGUUUUCCGAAUUCGGUGGCGCGACACCUUAUCGACCGGCUGAGGAUUUGGCAUUCUCUGUUGCAAAGUUCAUUCAGAAGGGAGGCUCCUUCAUCAACUAUUAUAUGUACCACGGAGGAACAAACUUUGGAAGGACAGCUGGUGGCCCGUUUAUUACAACUAGCUACGACUACGAUGCACCUCUCGACGAGUAUGGACUAUUGCGGGAGCCGAAAUGGGGUCAUCUAAAAGAUUUGCACAGAGCUAUAAAGCUCUGUGAGCCGGCUUUAGUAUCGGCAGAUCCGAUCGUUACAUCACUAGGACGCUCUCAGGAGGCGCAUGUUUACAGAUCAAGAUCGGGAGGUUGCGCUGCUUUUCUUGCAAACUACGACCAACAUUUAUACGCAAGGAUCUCGUUCGGGAAUAUGCAUUACAAUCUGCCUCCAUGGUCUAUCAGCAUCCUUCCUGAUUGCAAGAACACUGUUUACAACACAGCUCGGAUCGGUGCUCAAAGUUCGCAAAUGAAGAUGACACCGGCUACUAAAGGCUUCGCCUGGCAGUCCUACAAUGAAGAGACGGCAUCAUCAUACGGCGAGAACUCAUUCACAGUGUCGGGAUUACGGGAGCAGAUAAAUACCACGAGAGAUAACACCGAUUAUCUGUGGUAUUCUACGGACGUAAGGAUCGAUCCUAGGGAAGGGUUUCUAAGAGGCGGCAAGUGGCCUGUUCUUACAGUCUUAUCCGCUGGACAUGCAUUGCAUGUAUUCAUCAACGGGCAGCUAUCCGGAACUACCUACGGAAGUCUAAGUAGCCCCAAAAUAACUUUCAAUCGGGGCGUAAAUCUAAGAGCUGGAAUCAACAAGAUAUCUCUGUUGAGCAUCGCUGUUGGUCUCCCGAACGUCGGUCCACAUUUUGAAAGGUGGAAUGCCGGAAUCCUCGGACCAGUGAAGCUCGGCGGUCUCAACGAAGGGACGAGAGACUUGACGUGGCAAAAAUGGACGUACAAGAUUGGUCUAAAGGGAGAAGCUUUGAGUCUUCAUUCACUCAGCGGAAGCUCUUCGGUUGAAUGGCUCCAAGGUUCCCUCGUCGCUCAAAGGCAACCGUUAACUUGGUACAAGACGACUUUCAAUGCACCCGGCGGAAACGAGCCAUUGGCGCUAGACAUGGAUACGAUGAGUAAAGGUCAGGUGUGGAUCAAUGGCCAAAGUAUCGGGCGUUAUUGGAAUCAGUACAAAGCAUCGGGCAACUGCGGCGCCUGCAACUACGCGGGAUGGUUCACCGAGAAGAAAUGCUUAAGCAACUGUGGAAAGGCUUCUCAAAGAUGGUACCAUGUCCCUCGAUCAUGGCUGUACCCGACGGGGAAUCUGUUGGUCGUGUUCGAGGAGUGGGGAGGGAAUCCGGCGGGAAUCUCGUUGGUGAAACGGGAAGUAUCGAGCGUGUGCGCCGACAUCUACGAGUGGCAGCCGACCUUGAUGAAUUGGCAAAUGCAAGCUUCCGGGAAGGCGAACAAACCGUUGCCCCCGAAAGCGCACCUCUCGUGCGCGGCUGGUCAGAAGAUCUCGUCGAUAAAGUUUGCUAGCUUCGGGACGCCGCAGGGAACCUGCGGCGGGUAUCGGGAGGGAAGCUGCCACGCGUUCCAUUCAUACGACGUUUUCCAACGGUACUGUAUCGGGCAGCAGUCGUGCACGGUGCCUGUUGCUGCUGCGAUAUUUGGCGGCGACCCGUGUCCGAAGAUCAUGAAGAAACUGUCUGUGGAGCUCGUCUGCAGCUAAACGGGUAAGAAUUCGCCGGAAAACAAUUAUCCGGUUGAAUUCCGGCGAGGGGCUUAGAUAUAUACAUAUAUAUAUAUAUUAUAUACACAAUUGGUAAUGGUAUCCAAUCCAAUUGGUAUUUGUUGUGGGCAUUGUUGGGUGAAGUUGUACAUAAAUAUAUUAUAUAUACAACACACCACAUCUAGCAAAGCCCCCCAUAUAUGGUAGUAAUAAUUAUUGUAGUUAUUGGAGAUGAUGUUGUCAUAUGUGGUUUAGAGAGAGAAAGGGGGUUUAAAUUAAUGGGGUAUGAGAAAGCACAUCGAGAUGAUAGGGAUGAAUCCAAGUGCUUUUCAUUCCAUUCCAUGUCAAUCUAUUGUUGGUUAGAAAAUUCAAGAUUCUUUCUUGGAUAUGUAUGUUAUGUCUAUGUAAUGAUAUUUCUUUGUCAAUAAAGCAAUCAUUUCAUUGCUUUAGCCUUAUAGAUGAAGAUAUUUAUGUCAA